AAUUGUGAUGUCAUUUCUUGCCUCAAACACCACCAUAUAUGAAUUCCAAGAUUAUUGCUUUAGGACCCUUAAUCAUUGAACUAAGCAUAUUGAGUAAUUUUUAUUUUUUCACUUUACUAAAAGCCUCAUCUUCAUCCCAAAUUCCCCAGAAUCCCAAAAAAAAAAAUGUCGAAGCAAACUUACAGAAUCUGCUGUUUCUCGAGAAAGUUCAAGCUGAGAGAUGCUGAGCCACCAGAUGAGAUCAAGGCCCUGUUUGGCAGAUUUUCGGAGAAUGGAAUGAUGAGUGCGGAGCAUCUGCACAAGUUCCUGAAGGAAGUUCAGGGAGAAGAAAGGGUUUCUAAGGAAGAAGCUGAGACUAUAAUGGAGGCUGCACUCAAGUCCCUUGAGCAUCUCCAUGUGUUCCAUCGCAGCAAAGGCCUCAAUCUCGAAUCGUUCUUUCGAUUCCUUUUCAGUGAGACAAACUCUCCUCUUCCCCCUGCUAAUAAGGUGCAUCAUGAUAUGAAUGCUCCAUUGUCACAUUAUUUCAUAUACACUAGCCAUAAUACCUACCUAACUGGGAACCAGUUAAACAGCGAUUGUAGCGACGUGCCAAUUAUAAAAGCUCUGGAGCGCGGUGUUAGGGUGAUUGAGCUCGAUAUGUGGCCGAAUUCCUCCAAGAACAAUGUUGAUAUUCUUCAUGGAGGGACACUUACAACUCCAGUGGAGCUCAUCAAGUGCUUGAAAUCAAUCCGGGAGCAUGCUUUCAUAUCGUCUGAAUAUCCGGUUAUUAUCACUCUAGAAGAUCACCUCACCCCAGAUCUUCAGGCUAAAGUUGCAGAGAUGGUCUCUCAAACGUUUGGGGACGUUCUUUUCGCUCCUGGAUCAGAAUGUUUGGAAGAAUUUCCUUCCCCGGAAUCAUUGAAGCGAAAAAUAAUAAUUUCAACAAAACCACCUGUAGAAUAUCAGGAAACUAAGUCUCUGAAAGACAAAGAUAACAGUAAUUCCCACAGCACAAAAAGUGCUUCUUCAGAGGAAAAUGCAUGGGGACAGGAAAUUUCAGACCUAUCACAUAAAUUCAAAGCCCUAUAUGAGAAUAACAAAGAGGAUGCUGCAGAUCACGAGUGUGCAGAAGACGACGAUUCCCAUCAUUCAAAUCAUGGUGUGCAGCCAAAUGCUGCACCCGAAUACAAGCGUUUGAUUGCAAUCCAGGGAGGGAAAACUAAGGGUAAAGUCGAGGAGUGGAUAAAUGCAGAUCCUGAUAAGGUACGACGUGUUAGCUUAAGCGAAGAAAAGCUUGUAAGUAUUGUCAUGUCACAUGGCAAAGAAAUCAUCAGGUUCACCCAGAGAAAUAUGCUGAGAGUAUAUCCAAAGGGUAUACGUUUCGAUUCCUCAAACUACAACCCCUUAAUUGGAUGGAUCCAUGGAGCUCAGAUGGUUGCAUUUAACAUGCAGGGAUAUGGUAGGCCUCUUUGGUUGAUGCAAGGAAUGUUCAGAGCAAAUGGAGGGUGUGGUUAUGUGAAAAAACCAGAACUUUUACUAAAACCGAAUGAUGUCUAUGAUCCUAAAAACCUCUUACCUGUGAAAACAACAUUAAAGGUGAAAGUAUACAUGGGAGAGGGGUGGCAUCUGGAUUUUAAACGAACACAUUUCGACUUUCAUUCUCCCCCAGACUUCUAUGUUAAGAUUGGAAUUGCAGGAGUUCCAGCAGAUUCAACAAUGAAGAAAACAAGGGCAAUUGAGGAUAACUGGAUUCCAACAUGGGACGAGGAAUUCGAGUUCCCUCUCACUGUUCCUGAACUUGCAUUGCUUCGAAUCGAAGUUCAUGAAUAUGAUAUGUCUGAGGUUGAUGAUUUUGGAGGCCAGACUUGUCUGCCUGUUUCUGAGCUGAGAACCGGCGUUCGCGCUGUAACACUCCAUGAUCAAAAGGGGCAGAAGUAUCCCUCUGUCAAAUUACUCAUGUCUUUUGAUUUUGUCAAAUGAUGUUUUUUUUUUUUUUGCUUGGUUUCCAAUCUUCCUAGUCUGUGUGAAAUGAAGUAGCAGUAUACUUAAAUCUUGUUUGAGUGUGCUUGUAAGUUGUAAUAGAUUGAAUAUGGACUAUGCCAAUAAGCAUAUAUGUACUCUGUAUUUAAAUAAAUAAAAUGCCAUUUAUA